AUGGAGCAAGACUACAGUCAGCAGGUGGGUUUUUCUGAGGAUUCUCAGGAAAUGGAGAUGCGGUUGGGCCUUAAAACGAAGGAAAACAGCGUGUUUGAAGAAAUGAACAUGAAAAAUAAAGAAACUAAACGAACUUCUGACACAAAUGGUUACCCUUUAAGUCUUUCAGUACGAAGGCAGGAAGAAAAUUUAUAUGAAGAAAUGAACGUGAAAAACAAAGGAACUAAACAACCAUCUGACACAAAUGAUAAGCAGUGUGCAUGUAUAAAAUCUUGUACAUCAGUAACCAUUUGCUGGGGUAUUCUGUUACUGAUCAUGGCCCUUCGCAUCUAUUUUACCACAUUGUUAAUUCAUAAGAACAAAGACUUAUUGAGGAGUCAACUCAACUGGACAAACACCUCCACUGCCUUUGAAACACAGAUCAGAGACCUCAUUGCAGAAAACCAGAACCUAACAGAACAAAUAAAACUCAUGAAGAUGGAGCUCAGUCUUGGUCCAGAAAAGGUUUGCAACACUUGUCAGGAGGGCUGGCUUCCCUUUGAGUCAAACUGCUAUGCAAUUAAUGAUGCUGAACCUCAUGAGCAGAAAACCUGGAAAGAAGCUCGAGAAAACUGCAAAGGAAAGAUUUCCGAUUUGGCUGUUGUAAUUAAUGCAGCAGAAAAGAAAUAUAUCAGUGACAAAAGCUGGAAGAGUUCAGGAGAAAAUGGAUACUGGAUCGGUCUGAGAGCUGAAGGUGGGAAAUGGACAUGGGUGGAUGGAAGUUAUCUGACUGAUAACUCCUGGAUUCAGCAGCCUCCUUCUGAUGGUCUCUGUGUAAUUUCUGUCCAAAACGAAGGAUUUAAAUCAGUGAACUGUGACCAGAAGAAACAAUGGAUUUGUAAAAAGAGACCCUAACUGUUUGAAUUACCGCAGAUAGACUUCAGAAGACUUUUGUAAUCUGUAAAUAUAAUUGCAUAUUUGCAAAUAGCUCACUUGGCAAUCCGGUGGAAAGUCGACUCCCUUCGUUAUUCCCUUCUGGGCCGCCCUCUCACCCUCUUUUCACUAGAGGUCUACUAUCUAUGAGCAACUGGUUCUGGGCUGUUUUGAUAACAUGACGAAAGCAUGCUAAGAGGGCCUUGUGACUGAUCAGCAGAUAUCAUGAGCUGACAAGGGCAGGAAAUAUGUCUUUUAAACCAAUACUUUACAUUGACUGGCAUACAUGCAUUACAGUGAUACAUGCAUG